GCAGCUAUACAGUUUGACUGGUGGCCGUGUAGUUGUGGAAGGCGGGCGCCAGUCAAAUGUUUAUGUCCUUGCGCUAUAAAACUAAACCCGGAGCCAUGCGGCGUAGUAAGGCCGAGGUGGAUCGCUACAUAUCAUCGGUGCAAAGUUCUUCUCCUUCCACUAAAGAGAAACCUUUAAAAGGAUUCUUGUUUGCAAAAUUGUACUUUGAAGCAAAAGAAUAUGAACUUGCAAAAAGACACAUUUCAGCCUACCUAACUGUGCAGGAAAGGGAUCCCAAAGCACAUAAAUUUCUAGGCCAGCUCUAUGAAAAAGAGGAAAGCAUUGAGAAAGCAGUUGGAUGUUACAAGCGUUCUGUGGAGCUGAAUCCAGCACAGAAAGACCUGGUCCUGAAGAUUGCUGAGUUACUGUGCAACAAGGAAGAAAAAGACGAGAGAGCCGAGUACUGGGUGGAGAGGGCAGCCAAGCUCUUUCCUGGAAGCCCAGCAGUCUAUAACCUGAAGGAGAAGCUGUUGAGUGUAAAGGGGCAGCAGGGCUGGAAUGAGCUUUUUGACUUGCUGCAGUCAGAGCUGCAUGCUCGGCCUGGCGAUGUUCAUGUGAACAUAAAGCUAGUGAACCUGUAUCGCUCCGACAACCGACUCAGUGAGGCUGUGAGGCACUGCCUCAAUGCAGAGAAGAAAGGGGCCAUGCGCCACAGCCUAGACUGGUACACCUGUGUUCUACAGACGCUAAAGGAGUACUUUGGCUCUACAGGUAUAUCUGAGUGUGAUAAAACUAUAUGGAGGACAAUACAGAAAGAACUGCUGCUGGCUCACAAUAAUCUGGUUCGCCUAACACUGUCUGCUAAGGAUGUUCAUCAUGGCAGAAUGGCCCUGCAAAGCUUUGAUCAUGCUAUGCAGUCUGUGAAGAAUUUAGUGACAGGCACAACAGAUGACUUGUCUGUCGCUUUCAUUGAAAUGAGAGGGCAUCUCUACUUGCAUGCUGGUUCUUUGCUGCUGAAGAUGGCCGAACAAAGUGAGCUUCAGUGGAGAGCAGUCACAGACCUUGCUUCGUUGUGUUACCUCCUAGCCUAUCAGGUGCCACGACCAAAGAUGAAGUCUAUAAAAAGAGAUGAGACAUCUCAAGAGUUGAUGGUCUUUUUAGCAUGUGAUCGACAGAGCCACUCGGGCCAUAUGCUUUAUAAUUUAAGCCAUGACAAAGAAGAUUUCUUUAAAGAGGUAGUAGAAGCGUUUGCCAACAGAAGUGGGCAGGACUCUCUGUUUGAGACUUUGUUUGGGAGCCAGGCUUUUGCUGAGCCUUCCUUCAUUGGAAAUGACAACAUCAGGAAUGUUGCAGUGCAGCCACCUGAUCUGGGAGAACUUGCCAGGUGUGAUAAUGGUUCUAUUCCUUUACAUAGUGGAAAUCUGCAGCACCUGACAUGGCUUGGCUUGCAAUGGGCCUUAAUGGACCGGAAGCCCUCCCUCCGAGACUGGUUAAAACAGCUUUUCCCUCGACUGCCACAAGAAACAUCAAAGCUUGAAACCAAUGCCCCAGAAUCCAUCUGUCUCCUAGAUCUUGAGGUGUUCCUGUGUGGUGUGGUGUUUACAAGCCUUGCACAGUUGCAAGCAAAAUCCGAAAUCAGCUACAAUGUGCAAUCGUUCAAGCCUAGAUGUUUACCGCUCCCCAUUGUCAAACUGCUUUGCACGGACAGACAGAGAAAUUGGUGGGAUGCUGUGUAUAACCUCAUUCACAAAAAAGCACUUCCUGGGACUUCUGCCAAGCUUAGGCUUUUAGUUCAGCAAGAAAUGAGCACUUUGAGAGCUGGGGAGAAGCAUGGGCUGCAGCCUGCCUUAACUAUACGAUGGGCACAACAUCUUCAAGAAACUGGGAGUGGCUUGAACUCGUUUUAUGAUCAGAAGGAAUAUAUUGGCAGGAGUGUUCACUAUUGGAAGAUGGCCCUGCCCAUGUUGGAGAUUAUAAAGAAGAGAAGAAGUAUUCCUGAACCUAUUGACCCCUUGUUCAUGCACUUUCACAGUAAAGAUAUUCAGAUUGCUGAAGUUAAAGGUUAUGAAGAGGAUGCGCAGAUUGCUUUUGCUACAAUAUGUGAAGUUGAAGGCAACACAGAUGAUGCAAUAGCGGCCUUUGAGGCCAUAAAUACCGUUGUAUCUUUCUGGCAUCUUGCACGGAUAUUUCAAAGGAGAGCUGAAGAAAUUGGAGACUCUGUAAUAGAAGGUCAAGAGAUGAAUAAAAUAUAUUUAUGGAAGUCCAGAAAGUAUUUGUCAAAAAUCUUGGAAGGCUUCAAUGCUAAUGCUGCAGAAAUUGAAAAACUUCCUAUAUCGAUAGAUGAGCUUGGUGAGUUGAUGGAUGAUGUGAAUCAGCAGCUUGGAGAGAGCGGUGAAGCUAUGGAUAUGGAGGAAGAGGAGGAGGUUAACAACACCAACACUAGUCCAUGCCACAUUGCAGACCCCAUUAGCAGGACAAAAGUAACGUUUUCUACUCCAGUGGCAACAAAAAAUAUCCCUUCUCCAUCAAAGAGUCAUAAAUUCUCCCCCAAGACACCACCUCACUGGGCAGGGGACCAGAAGUUCUUGCUGCAGAUGCUCUGUCAGCAGGUGGAAGCCCUCAAGAAUGAAGUCCACGACUUGAAGGCCAACACUUCUGGCUCUGUUGCAUCUCCAUAUCACCGAUUGUAUGGGGAUAACUUCAUAGCUGAUGCUCUUCCAGACAGCUUCCCAGCAGCACAAAGUUUCCAUGGUGCUCCACUAACAGUGUCUACAACAGGUCCAUCAGUAUACUACAACCAAUCCCCUGCAUACAAUUCCCAGUACCUCCUGAGAACAGCAGCCAAUGUCACUCCAACCAAGGCACCAGUGUUUGGGAUAAACCGACUCGCACCUCAGCAACACAUGUAUGCAUAUCAACAGCCGACCCAUACUCCACCCCUGCAAACCUCAUCAACCUGCAUGUACUCCCAAGAUGUUUACGGGGCUCAGCUGCACUUUGAGUCUCCUGCAACCAGUUUAUUGUCCCCUUACAGUGAGGAGUAUUACAACCACACUGUCCCUCAGGCCAGUACAAACCCUCCUCUCCCUGAACCAGGUUACUUCACAAAACCCUCUGUGGGGAACCAGGUUUCCAAGCCUUCUGAGAGGAAGACCGUGGAAUUUGGUAAAAUAAGCUUUGGGCAACAGGUUCCGGCUGAAGCACCUAAGGUCAGACAUGCCAGUGAAAGUCUUCUGGGCCUUUUGACUUCGGAUAUGCCAGCCAGAGCAGAUGGACAUCUUGCACCAAAGGCUCCUGUUCAGGAUCCUUCUCAAGUGGGCCUCUUCAAUUUCGGGAGUAAAAAUACAUCUGGAUACUCAAUUGCUGAUUCUGCAAUGCAGAGUCAAAACAAAUCCAAUGUGUUUGGUAAAGUUGAGCAGCCUUUCAGUUUCACAAAUGCCAACAAGCCAGGUUUUGUAAUGGCAGGCACUCAGCAGGAAGAAAAAGGUGCAGAGAGUGAUCAUGAAAGUACUCAUGAGGAAGAAGAUGAAGAUGGGCCUCAUUUUGAGCCAAUUGUUCCACUCCCUGAGAAGGUGGAUGUCAAGACUGGAGAGGAAGACGAGGAAGAAAUGUUCUGCAACCGAGCCAAACUUUUCCGCUUUGAAACUGAGGUAAAAGAAUGGAAGGAGAGAGGUAUUGGGAACAUUAAGAUACUGCGGCACAGUACGUCCGGUAAAGUCCGUCUACUAAUGAGGAGGGAGCAGGUGCUGAAAAUCUGUGCAAAUCAUUAUAUUAAGCCUGAUAUGAAUUUAAAUCCCAAUGCUGGUUCAGAUAAAUCAUGGGUAUGGUAUGCUAUAGAUUAUGCUGAUGAAAUACCAAAACCAGAGCAGCUAGCUAUAAGAUUCAAAUCUGCAGAGGAGGCAGCACUCUUUAAAGUAAAAUUUGAAGAGGCUCGAAGAUUGGUGCCCAAAUCUCCAUUAAAACAAGAUGACAAACCAGGGAAAGAAAUAUCUAAAAAAAACACUACUUCUCGUCCUGCUGCCAGAGACUCUGGAUUUGGAGCUCAGUUUGUUAAGAAGGAAGGAGAAUGGGAUUGUAGUGUAUGUGUAGUGAGGAACUCUGCAGCUGCUAUGUUAUGUGCAGCCUGUCAAAGCCCCAAUCCCAAUGCUAAAUCACAACCUGCAGUUAAAGGAGGUUCAGAAGCUAGUAGAGGGUUCACUGUGCCAUCACCUGCUCCUGUAACUUUUAGCUUCGGGUUUGGUAAAGAAUCAACAAAGAAAAGUGGCAUCACUGGAUUUGGCACGCAGUUUGCAAAUGUUCAAGCACCCUCCGCGUUCAAAUUUGGAACCAGUAGUGACUCAUGUAUAGACGGAGCAGAGACUGUUUCAAAGUUUACAUUCAGCCUUGGCAAUGAAAAAGGCAAACCCACCACAAAGGGAGGCUUUGGAGAACAGUUCACAAAGAAAGAGGGUGAAUGGGGCUGUGAUAUAUGCUCAGGAAGAAAUUAUGCAACUGCUGGAAAAUGCAUAUGUUGUACAACUCCAAAACCAAGUUGCAAAAAUGUUGCAGUUGCACCAGAUGGUUUGGGACCCUCUGCAUUUGAAAUUGGUGUUAAAGCUGAUAUGAAGAAAACUGCAGAGCAAAGGUUUGGUGCACAGUUCAUCAAGAAGACAGGCCAGUGGGACUGUGAUGUGUGUUUAGUAAGAAAUGAAGCAGCUGUUACUAAGUGCGUUUCUUGCCAGACUGAAUGCAAAACUUCUCUGUCAUCUAUCCAGGCAGCGUCCACCUUUCCAUUUAAUACCUCUAGUGAAACAAGCCAGACACCAUCCAAAAAUGAGCUGUCUGCACUUUUUGGUAAAAAAGAUGGGCAGUGGGAUUGUGAUAUGUGUUUAGUAAGAAAUGAAGCUGCCUCUGCAACCUGCGUUUCCUGCCAAACUCCUAACCCUAAUGCUAAAGCCACUGCUCAAACUACACAGUCAAGUUCAUCCUUCAGUUUCAGCUUCAGCGGGCAACCUGCAUCUAGCCAACUUUCAGGGACAGGAUUUAAAGCCAAUUUUGGUACCAGCAACAGUUUUAAGUUUGGUCAUACUGAAGAAAAGAGCUCUGCAUUAUCCUUCAAAUUUAAGGCCCCUCCGUCUCAGACUGAAAAUAAACCUACAAGUGGAGGUGGAUUUAUGUUUUCAAUGCCUGUUCCAGCAGGGGGCUUCAAGUUUGGCACUCAAGAAUCAAGUAAGCUGGCUGAUCCUGGUGAAAAUGCAAUGCCUAUGAGUGGUUCUGCUGCCAUGUCUCUGAAGAACUUUGCUGAACAGCAGAGAGAAAAAGAAAAGGCUACAGAGUCCAGCUCCACCACAGCAGUGGAAGAAAAUCCCCUUUUUAACGGCAAACCUAACACACUUCCUUUUGCUGAUUUAGCUGAAAUGUCAGGUGGGGAUGGUAUCCAGUUGGGUCUAAAGGACCCCGAUUUCAAAGGGUUCCCUAGAGCUGGUGAACAGCGUUUUACUGGCUUGAAGGCUGACCAGAAGGGAGAUAAUUCUUUGGAGCAGCAGGAGGAAGAGGAUAUAUACAAGACAGAUGAGAAUGAUGACAUUCAAUUUGAGCCUGUUGUUCCGUUGCCAGAAAAGGUGGAUCUUGUAACAGGGGAGGAGGAUGAGGACGUCCUGUACUCCCAGAGAGUCAAGCUGUUUCGGUUUGAUCUUGAUAUUGGUCAGUGGAAAGAAAGAGGCGUGGGCACCCUGAAGCUAUUGAAGAACAAGACAAAUGGAAGGCUGCGAGUGCUUAUGCGGAGGGAGCAGGUUCUGAAGGUCUGUGCUAACCACUGGAUUACCACCACCAUGAACCUGAAGCCCCUCUCUGGUUCAGACAGAGCCUGGAUGUGGUUGGCUAAUGACUUUUCUGAUGGAGAUGCUAAACUGGAGCAGCUGGCUGCCAAGUUUAAAAUGCCAGAGCUGGCAGAGGAAUUUAAGUUGAAGUUUGAGGAGUGCCAAAGGCUGUUGCUGGACAUACCUUUGCAGACACCUCACAAGCUGGUUGACUCUGGCAGGACGGCACAUCUUAUUCAGAAAGCUGAAGAAAUGAAGAGCGGCCUAAAAGACCUAAAAUCCUUUUUGACGGACGACAAGGCAAAGCUCCAAAAGAAUGAUAGCAACCCCACAACUGCCAACAAUGCUUCUGGUUUGAUCAUCAAACCCCAUGCUGAAAGCACAGGCCCAACCCUGGAGUGGGAUAACUAUGACCUACGUGAAGAUGCCCUGGAUGAUGGUGUGGACACUUCUGUCUAUGCCUCGCCAUUAGCCAGCAGUCCUGUACAAAAGAGUCUGUUCCGUUUUGGAGAAUCGACUGUUGGGUUUAACUUCAACUUCCAGCCCGUAUUGAGCCCUGCUAAGUCCCCCUCAAAACUGAACCAGAGCAGGGUAUCUGUUGGCACUGAUGAGGAUUGUGAAGUGACUCAGGAAGAGGAGAGGGACGGGCAGUACUUUGAGCCAGUUGUCCCUCUACCUGAUUUGGUGGACAUCUCCACUGGGGAAGAGAAUGAACUAGUGGUUUUCAGCCACAGAGCCAAGCUCUACCGCUAUGACAAAGAUCUAAGCCAGUGGAAAGAGAGGGGCAUUGGGGACUUAAAGAUCUUGCAGAACUAUGACAACAAACGGGUGCGUGUUGUCAUGAGGAGAGACCAGGUGCUGAAGCUGUGCGCCAACCACUGGGUUACGGCUGAUAUGAAGCUGGAGCCAAUGAAAGGAGCGGAGAGGGCAUGGGUCUGGAGUGCUUUUGAUUUUACUGAAGGAGAGGGGAGGGUGGAGCAGCUGGCUGUCCGUUUUAAGCAGCAGGAAGUGGCAAACGCCUUCAAGGAAAACUUUGACAAUGCCAAUAAAGCCCAGGAGAAGGAGAUCUUGGUAAUUCCAGCUUCAUCAAAGGACAUCACCCCACGGCAGUCUCCAUGUGGUAAAGGCGCUGUGGCCUUGCUAGAGGAAAUUAUCAGGCCGCAAACUGACUUGCCUUCACAGAACUCUCCAUCCCCAGGUGCUCCAACCAAUGCUGCCAUGAUUCCAAGCCCUGAAACUACCACCAAAGCUGUGGUAUCGCCUCCCAAGUUUGUCUUUGGUAAUGAAUCCCUUAAAAACAUAUUCACAAGCUCAGCGUCCUCCGGCAGCCCAACUGCCUUUAAAGAGCCGUUUGGCUUUAGCUCUAAAGAUAAGGCUGGUAGCGAUCAAUCUGUGACCAGGAAGACGCCAGAUAGUGGAUUGGAAAACGGCAAGGCAACCAGUCUACCGUCCAGCACUGCAGCUCCCAGCUUAGUGGCAUCACCACCAGGACAGAUGACCAGCACAUUUAAAAUGCCUGAGAGAGGAAUAGAGCCAGCAUCAGGUGACUUGCAGUUUCUAUUUGAGCGGACUCCUACCCUUGAGCAAAAAGCACUUGCAGAAGAGCUUCAACUGCCUCCAACAUUCUUCUGUUAUAAGAACAAUCCCGGCUAUAUCAGUGAUGAUGAGGAGGAUGAUGAAGAAUUUGAGACGGCUGUGAGGAAACUGAAUGGGAAAUUGUAUCCUGAUGAUGCAAAGAGAGGAGAAAUCAAAGAGAGAAAAGAAAGCAAAGAAGUGAGGAGUGCUGAUACAUUCAGUAUUCAGGAUCAGUGCCAGCACCAGACUUUCACAGAGGUUCCUGCUACAGCGAUGGAAUCUAAGUCGACACCACAGGAGUACGGGCAGUCUGAAUGCAUUAUAGUUUGGGAAAAGAAGCCGACGCCUGAAGAGAAGGCAAAGCCUGAAAGCUUAAAGCUCCCACCCACCACCUUCUGUGGGGUCAGCAGUGACACUGAGGGGGACAAAGAAGAGGUAGAAGUCUUUAAAGCGGAAAUCAGAAAAGUGAAAGAAGCGCAGGAAACCCAAGAACAAGGUGUCGGCACCUCAGCUGAUGCAGUCUCCAGCAGUAGUGAUGCAAAACUCCCAGUUGAACAAGCACAACCUUCUCGGACUGAACCAGACUCAGCGUCUGAGGUGACACAAACAGUACCUCCAUCCUCAAGCACUGAUGACAACAAGCCCAUUGACUUAUCUACCAAGAAAGAAAAUGAGCCAGAUUCCACAAGCCAAGGAAUAGAGCCAGCAUCAGGCGAUUUGCAGAUUCUAUUUGAGCGGACUCCUACCCUUGAGCAAAAAGCACUUGCAGAAGAGCUUCAACUGCCUCCAACAUUCUUCUGUUAUAAGAACAAUCCCGGCUAUAUCAGUGAUGACGAGGAGGAUGAUGAAGAAUUUGAGACGGCUGUGAGGAAACUGAAUGGGAAAUUGUAUCCUGAUGAUGCAAAGAGAGGAGAAAUCAAAGAGAGAAAAGAAAGCAAAGAAGUGAGGAGUGCUGAUACAUUCAGUAUUCAGGAUCAGUGCCAGCACCAGACUUUCACGGCAGGAGGUGCUAUCUCAUUUGGAUUUGCUGCAUCCUCGGAUUUCUCAUUUUCACACUUGGCAAAGAACUGUGGAGAUUUUGCUUUUGGCAAACAAGAUGCUAGCUAUUCCUGGCCAAAUGCCGGCGCCACUUUGUUUAGAGGCUCGGCAACUAUCAGGACCGGGGAGGGAGAUGAAAGUAGCGAUGACGAGGAUGCUGCUAAUAAUGAAGAUGGCAUUAACUUUGAACCCAUUGUUUCUUUACCAGAGGUGGAAGUAAAGUCUGGAGAAGAGGAUGAAGAGAUUUUAUUUAAAGAACGAACAAAGCUUUAUCGUUGGGAUCGAGAGGUGAGCCAGUGGAAAGAACGUGGUGUGGGUGACAUCAAGAUUCUCUACCAUCCUCAGAAGAGGUACUACCGUGUCCUGAUGAGAAGAGAACAGGUGUUUAAAGUGUGCGCAAACCACACAAUCUCACAGGCCAUGGAGCUGAAGCCCAUGAAUACAUCUACAAAUGCACUUGUCUGGACAGCAACAGAUUACGCUGAUGGAGAUGGAAAGAUAGAACAACUGGCUGCAAGAUUUAAAACUGCGGAGUUGGCAGAAACCUUCAAAAAGAAAUUUGAAGAAUGCCAGCAUCAGAUGACUCAGCUAGAUGCUGGACAGGUGUCCCGAGUUAUGGAGCUCUCCAUGAAAAGCAACCCAAUUGUGUAUUUUGAUGUUAGUCUUGAUGAUGAACCCAUUGGACGAAUUACAAUGGAACUGUUCUCACAUAUAGUCCCCAAAACAGCUGAAAACUUUAGGGCUCUGUGCACCGGAGAAAGAGGGUUUGGAUUCAGAAACUCCAUCUUCCACAGAAUCAUCCCCGAUUUUGUUUGCCAGGGUGGUGAUAUCACGAAACAGGAUGGAACUGGGGGAAGGUCCAUCUAUGGAGACAAGUUUGAAGAUGAGAACUUUGAUGUGAGGCACACUGGUCCUGGCUUGUUGUCCAUGGCAAACAGUGGCCGAGAUACCAACAAUUCUCAGUUUUUCAUCACCCUGAAGGCGGCAGAACACUUAGAUUUUAAGCAUGUGGCUUUUGGCUUUGUCAAGGACAACAUGGAGGUUGUGAAAAAGAUGGGCACCCUUGGUGCAAAGACUGGCAAGCCAAGUAAAAAGAUAGUCAUUGUCAAUUGUGGACAGAUAUAGGUUUUUCUUAAAUAUAAUUAAGUUCUGUUGUGUAAAGUAAAUCACUUAUUGGGAUUAAGAUGUAUUUGUAUGUAUAAAUGUACAUGGGUGGCUGUCUCCUGUUUUAAUUUUUACAUGUUUGACUGGGCAAAAUUGGCAUGUUUCCAAAUAAAGAUGAAAACACUGGCAA